GGUCCUGUAGACACACGUGUGCGUGCGUGCUCAGCUGGAAUAAUGGCAGACCUGCAGAUGAAGCUUCUUCGGAAGAAAAUUCAGAAAAGAAACGAUAAAAAUAAAGAGCGCAAAUUACUUAUAAAACAAAAACAAAAUGAAGAGAAUGAAGAUGCAAACGUACUGCCAGAGGACUGCUGCGGAGAGACGGGUCACGACGCGACGUCGUCUUUGAAGCCGGUUAAAGCCAAACCCACGAAGAAGCAGACGAAACAGAAAAACGUGACAGAGACGGAGAACACCGCAGAUGACAAGCCUACGAAAAAGAAAAGGAAGCUUGCCAAUGCUGCUGAAUGUCCAGGAGUGAAAAAGGUGAAGAAGAAUGAGGUUGAUGUGGAGGAGGAGGAGGAGGAGGAGGGGAUGAAGAUGACAGAGGACAUCAAACAGACCACAGACAAACCAGCUAGUGCAGAGGAUGGAGAGGAGGAGGAUGGGGAUGAUGAUGACGAUGAUGAUGACGAUGAUGAUGACAUUGAGAUGGAUGAGGAAGAAGGUGAUGGGGAGAAAGAGGGGGGUGAAGAUGAGGAGGACGAGGAGGAAGAUGGCCCGGAACUUCCCACUGGACUGACAGGAGCCUUCGAGGACACGUCGUUCGCCUCUCUUGAGACGCUGGUGAGCGACAGCACACUGAAGGCUGUCAAGGAGAUGGGCUUUGAGCACAUGACUGAGAUCCAACACAAAAGUAUUCGUCCUCUUUUAGAAGGAAGGGAUGUUCUGGCAGCUGCUAAGACAGGCAGCGGUAAAACUCUGGCCUUCCUCAUCCCCUCCAUCGAACUCAUCAACAAACUCAAGUUCAUGCCCAGAAAUGGCACCGGCGUGGUCAUCCUGUCUCCCACCCGUGAGCUGGCCAUGCAGACGUACGGCGUGAUGAAGGAGCUGAUGGCGCACCACGUCCACACCUUCGGCCUCAUCAUGGGCGGCAGCAACCGCUCUGCAGAGGCCCAGCGGCUGGCCAACGGCGUCAACAUCGUAGUGGCCACGCCCGGCCGCCUGCUGGACCACCUGCAGAACACCCCUGGCUUCAUGUUCAAGAACCUGCAGUGUCUGAUCAUCGACGAGGCAGACCGGAUCCUGGAGGUGGGCUUUGAGGAGGAACUGAAGCAGAUCAUCAAGCUGCUGCCCAAGCGGAGACAGACCAUGCUGUUCUCGGCCACCCAGACACGCAAGGUGGAGGACCUGGCCCGAAUCUCCCUGAAGAAGGAGCCUCUGUACGUGGGCGUGGACGACAACAAGGACAACGCCACGGUGGACGGUCUGGAGCAGGGCUACGUGGUGUGUCCCUCUGAGAAGCGCUUCCUGCUGCUCUUCACGUUCCUGAAGAAGAACCGGAAGAAGAAGCUCAUGGUGUUCUUCUCCUCCUGCAUGUCUGUCAAGUUCCACUAUGAGCUGCUCAACUACAUCGACCUGCCCGUCAUGGCCAUCCACGGCAAGCAGAAACAGACCAAGAGAACCACCACCUUCUUCCAGUUCUGCAACGCCGACUCUGGGAUCCUGCUGUGCACUGACGUGGCAGCCAGGGGCCUGGACAUCCCAGAGGUGGACUGGAUCGUCCAGUACGACCCCCCAGAUGACCCCAAGGAGUACAUCCACAGGGUGGGCAGGACGGCUCGAGGGAUUGACGGCCGAGGCCACGCCCUCCUCAUCCUCAGACCCCAGGAGCUGGGCUUCCUACGCUAUCUCAAACAGGCCAAGGUCCCUCUGAGCGAGUUUGAGUUCUCCUGGACCAAGAUCUCUGAUAUCCAGUCUCAGAUGGAGAAGCUGAUAGAGAAGAACUACUACCUUCACAAGUCAGCCCAGGAGGCCUACAAGUCGUACGUGAGGGCGUAUGACUCUCACUCGCUCAAGCAGAUCUACAGUGUCAACACCCUCAACCUCCCCAUGGUGGCCGUGUCGUUCGGAUUCAAAGUGCCGCCCUACGUCGACCUCAACGUCCACUGCAGCACCAGAGGAGUGAAGAUGCAGAAGAGAGGAGGUGGCGGAGGCUUUGGGUACCAGAAGGGGUCCAAGAACGUCCACAAAUCCAAGAUCUUCAAGCACGUCAACAAGGGCAAGAGGGACGGGAGGCAGUUCUCCCGCUGAGCCCUGAAGGAAGAGCCCAGGACACCACCUCCUCCUGGGCUGGCGUCUCCGAGGAGGAGAGGGUGGCCUGCUAGCCUCGGUAGAGCCUCCUCCUGGGCUGGCGUCUCCGAGGAGGAGAGGGUAGCCUGCUAGCCUCGGUAGAGCCUCCUCCUGGGCUGGCGUCUCCGAGGAGGAGAGGGUAGCCUGCUAGCCUCGGUAGAGCUUCUGGAUGUUUCUCUCCCACUGUGUUUAGACCACUUCUCAAUGUAAGAGACUUCAUUUGUCUCCUGUGACUUGAUGAAACAGGUCUCUUGUGAAGGCUGUUCCUGACCCUAGUCCUUGCAUUCCGGUGUUCUUGACAGCAGAUGUGUAUUUUAUGGAUGAAAACUUUGAUAUAUGGAAGUUAUGUUGAUUUCUCUGCUUAUACUCUUCUGUUUAAUAAAACUAUUAAACACCA